AUGCGAAAGCGCAGCCCAGAUCAGCUCACUCCGGGUCCAGCGGAGCGGGGCGCCCAGGCGCCACCGGGCAGCGGCAGCGGCAGCGAGGAGCGCCGCCUCCUGCGCCCCCGCUCGGCGCAGCUGAAUUUCACAGACCAGCACCCCCUGCUGGAUGCGGUGCUGGGCGGGGAUGAGGAGGAGGAGGGGGUGCAGGGCCAGCGCCGCCGCCUGGACAUCCCGCUGCUGUGCAGCCGCGUCGAGCGCGCCGCCCCCGCGCAGCCCUUCACCGCCGCCACCCACCCGGCCCAGGUCACGGCAGAGGCGCUGCUGGCCUCCGGCCUGCGCCAGCCGCUGCUGGUGCCCUCCACAGCGUGCGGCAGGGGCGGCGUGGAGGCCACGCGCGCCGCGCUGGGCCUGCAGCUGCCUCCCGCAGAGCAGCUCACCCCGCGCGGGCUGGCUGCGGCCGUGGGCCCUGACCAUAGGGUGCCCACCAUCGAUGUGGCCACCCAGGGCAGCGGCCCCAGGCUGACGCUGCGCCAGCUGGCAGACUACCUGGCACAGCAGGCGCAGCAGGCAGGGUCGCCGCAGCCCGCAGGGCCGCCACGGCGGGGCACCCCCCCGCCCGACCGCCUCCUCAACGUCGUCUCCCUGUCCCUGGCCGGUACCGAGCUGGAGGACGCCAUCAGCCCGCCCUGGGCGGUACGCCAGCUGGACCUAGUGGGCUCGGUGUGGCCGCCGGAGGAGGACCCCGAGGACUCGAAUGAGGAUGCGCCGCCCGAGGAGCCGGAGCGCCCCGAGACGCUGCUCUACGCGCUGCUGGGCCCCGCCGGCGCCUACACUGAUUGGCAUGUGGACAUGGGAGGUAGCGCAGUGUGGUACCACAUGAUAUCUGGCAGGAAGGUGUUCCUGGCGGCGCCCAACACCCCCGCCAACCUGGCCGCCUUUGAGCAGUGGAGCACAAGCGGCAAGCAGGCCAGCAGCUGGCUGGGGGACAGGCUGGAGGGGCUGGUGCGCAUCAGCCUGAGCGCCGGCGACACGCUGCUGCUGCCCAGCGCCUGGCCGCACGCCGUGUCCACGCCACAGGCCGCGCUGGCUCCCGCCUGCGGCCACGCCCCUGCUGCGCUGUGCCGUCCAUGCUGCGACAACGCGCUGACCUGGCGCGUGCUGACCUGGCACGUGCUGACCUGGCGACGUGCUGACCUGGCGCAGGCGGGCAACUUCCUCCACGCCCUCGACUACGCAUCCACUGCCGCCUGCUACCGGCGCGAGCGCCGCCUGGGCGUGGCCCCCAAGUUCCAGUUCCCGCUCUUCCGCCGCCUCAUGUGGUAUGCGGCGGAGAGCGCGCUGCUCAGGCUGCAGCGGUGCGUGCGGCAGGGGGUGGCUCCCGCGGUGGCCGGGGUGGUCAGCGCCUGGGAGCUGGGCGGGCUGCCCGCCCUGCUGGGCCUGCUGCGCGAGUGGCUGCUGCACCCGGGCGGCGGCCGCCGCGCCGCCGACGUGCCCGCCCGCAUCGCCGACCCGGCUGGGAUGCUGGAGGAGCUGAGCGACUGCCUGGAGGCGGUGGGGGCGCCGGCGCAGGAGCCGCACCAGCAGCAGCAUGAGCAGCAGCAGGCGCAGCAGCAGCAGGCAGAGGCAGAGGUGCCCGCAGGAGCAGGCGGGACGGCGGGGCGCGGGCUGGGCGAGGGGCCCGGUGCCGCCGCCGCCGCCGGCGGCGAGCGGCACCUGGGUCUGGCGCUGGCGCUGGGGGCCGGCAGCCUGGGGGAUGAGCACCUCGGGCUGGCGCUGGCUCUAGCUUACGGCAGCGGCGGCGAGUCGCAUGCAGCGGGCCUGGCUGGGGAGCAGCAGCAGCGGCAGCAGCAGCGGCAGCAGCAGCAGCAGCAGCAGGAGGAGGAGGGGGAUGGGGCGGCGGCGCACGAGGCGAGCGGCUGGCUGGAGAUUCCUGCGCAGCUGGAGCCGGCUUCCAUGCUAGAAGAUCCCUUGGCCCACCUGGCAGGCAGCGGCGACGCCCUGCCCGCCAGCCUGCUUCAGGAGCCUCCGCCAGCUGAGCUGGCAGCUGAGCUGGCAGCCGAGCAGGGGCAGCAGCCUCUGGGUCGCAAGUACCCUGUGGGGUACACCGUCACGCUGGGCAAGCGGCGCCAGCAGGCGCAGCAGGCACAGCAGCAGGCACAGCAGCAGGCGCAGCAGGCACAGCAGCAGGCGCAGCAGCAGGUGCAGCCCCCCCUGCGCAUCCCCUCUGUGCGCUCGCCCCGCGCGGCGGCGCCUGCGGCGGCGGCGGCGGCAGCAGCACCUUCGCGCCAGGCCCCGGCCGGUGCCGUGCAGGUGCCAGCAGCAUCAGCACAGGCAGCAUCCACGGCCGCCGCGGCGCAUCGGCCGGCGGGCAACGGGGCUGCACCCCUCAGCCACCACCACCACCGCCGCCUGCCCAGCAGCCACGAGCGCAGCCGCGAGCGGGAGCGGGGGAGCGAGCGUGACGAGCGGGGUGGCGGCGGCGGGCGUGCGGGCGGCGGCGGGCGGGAGGCGGAGCGGCAGCGUGAGGCGGCGGAGGAGCUGGUGCAGGAGGUGGCGGCGCUGCGGGCGGCGGUGAAGCGGGAGGAGGAGCUGCUGGCACGCGUGCGCUCGGGCGUGGUGCCGCUGCCCGACGGCGGCAGCAAGCUGGCGGCGGCGCUGGAGCAGCGCAGGCAGGCGCUGAGGCGCAAGGCCGACGUAGCGGCGGGGCGCGUGCUGACCUACCGCGACGCAGACUCGGCGGCAGUGCAGGUGGGCGGGGUGGUGGCGGUGGCGGUGGUGGUGGUGGUGGUGGUGGUGGUGGCGGCGGCGGCGGGCCCCUUCACUGUCUCUGAGCUGGAGAAGCUGGUGCGGGCGGGGGUGGUGGCCAGGGAUGCUGCCGUGACUCACGCCCACCGCGGCGCCAUGCCGCUUUUAGAG